UCACUUCGCUGCCUCGCUUCAGCUCUCCUCCUCUCAGUGCUCUUCCUCCGGCCAUGGCGACAGCUCCGGUCCGUCCCUCGCCGCUGACGGCGGCGACUUCCUUUCGUCGGUCCCAAUCUUCUCGCGAGGUGGGCUUCAGCUUCGGGCUCUCGAGGACCGUCGAUCUCUCCCGGGCGGCGCUCGCGUCGAGGCCGCCGCCGCGGGCUCUCGAAAUCCGCGCCGGCGCCAGCGGCCUCGAGAGGCCCAACAACGAGGCCUCCUCCGUCUCCGUCCCCAACCCGCCGCCCCCAAGGCCCAGGCACUCGGUGAGGCGCCAUACAAUUUCAGUGUUUGUUGGAGAUGAAAGUGGAAUGAUCAACAGAAUUGCUGGAGUCUUUGCUAGAAGGGGAUAUAACAUUGAGUCACUUGCAGUUGGCUUGAAUAAGGACAAGGCGUUGUUCACCAUUGUUGUUUCAGGGACUGACAGAGUACUGCGACAAGUUGUAGAGCAGCUACAUAAACUUGUGAAUGUUCUGAAGGUCGAAGAUCUAUCAAAGGAACCACAAGUUGAACGAGAGCUGAUGCUUAUAAAACUCAAUGUGGGUCCUGAAAGGCGCCAAGAGGUCAUGGGUCUGGUUGAUAUAUUCAGAGCAAAAAUCGUUGAUAUUUCAGAACAUUCACUAACCAUUGAGGUGACACCUGUUGAACCUUCUCUCAUUGACAACCGGAUGCAGGUAACUGGAGAUCCUGGGAAAGUGGUUGCAGUUCGGAGAAACCUGAAUAAGUUUGGAAUAAAAGAAAUAGCAAGAACUGGCAAGAUUGCUUUGAGGCGUGAGAAGAUGGGGGAGAAUGCCCCAUUCUGGAGGUUUUCUGCAGCUUCGUACCCAGAUCUGGAAGGGCCUGCAAGCACUCUUCUCAGGUCUACUAAUAGAACAUUUACUGGCGAAUUGGGACAAUCAACAGAAGGAGAUGUCUACCCGGUGGAGCCAUAUGAGAGCUCUGCAGUGAGUCAAGUUCUUGAUGCACAUUGGGGUGUUCUCGAUGAUGAAGAUUCAAGUGGUCUUUGUUCGCACACUCUAUCCAUACUCGUAAAUGACUCUCCUGGGGUUCUCAACAUUGUAACAGGCGUUUUUUCUCGUAGGGGCUACAAUAUUCAGAGUCUUGCUGUCGGUCCAGAAGAAAAGGAAGGUAUUUCUCGUAUUACCACUGUUGUUCCUGGAACUGAUGAAUCGAUUGGCAAAUUAGUCCAACAGCUGUACAAGCUUGUUGAUGUUCAUGAGGUUCAGGAUAUAACCCAUUUGCCUUUUGCUGAAAGAGAACUGAUGCUUAUAAAAGUUGCCGUAAAUACUGCUGCCCGAAGGGACAUCCUGGACAUAGCUGACAUCUUUCGAGCCAAAGCUGUCGAUGUAUCUGAUCAUACAAUCACGCUUCAGCUUACUGGAGAUUUGGACAAGAUGGUUGCAUUGCAAAGGUUAUUGGAACCCUAUGGCAUUUGUGAGGUGGCACGAACUGGCCGGGUUGCGCUGGUUCGUGAGUCAGGGGUGGAUUCUAAACAUCUACGUGGUUAUUCUCUCCCAGUGUAAUUGGAACUGCACUGCCUCCAUGAAGCCAACUUAUGUUUCAAAGAUGCAUCAUGACUUGUUGGCUUCUUUUCAAGUUCAUGGUCAGGGAUUUUUUUUUUUUUUUUGGUUAUUAGUGGCUAGAGUUCAUGAACUAUACCAAUGUACUUGAUCAGUGUUUGCUUCAUAAACAAAUCGCGUAGCUAACUUAGUUGUGAUCAGCUCAUGGAAAGAAUCUAUUGCAUAUUUUGCUUGUUGCAGGCUGAUGUAUAUGACAUCGUUUUUAUAUUGUUAUGAUUAUGUUUGUUAUCACUAAAUGAGAAUGUACCCUCU